AUGGCUGCCCAUCUCAACUUGAAGCACGAUUUGGAUAUGCUCGCUCGUAAUGGAAAAGUUGCAGUUGUGGGAAGCCGCGGUGAAACCAAAAUUGAUCCGAGGGCACUCAUGGGCAGAGAGACUUCUGUAUUCGGGUUAUCGUUAGCGAGCUCCACAUCGUCUGAUUGGAAAGAAUCAUCGUCGCACAUUUACAAACUUCUGAGUUCUACUCGCUAUCGACCGGUCAUUGAACAUGUCUAUCCAUUGGAGGACAUCUCUACAGCUCACAAGGAUGUCAUGGCUGCCAGGGGAUCACGGGGGAAACUCAUACUGUCUAUUAAUGACAAUUUGUGA